UCUUGAUCCAAAAUCUAUUUACCAUUUUUAUUUAAAGAAUUAUUAUGAACGCCGUUAUUGUGAUAUGUGUCCUGAUCGCCAGUUUUGUUUAUCUGGAGGCAGCUCCACCAGCAAGAAAAACGGAGGCCGAAAAACGUGAAGAUAUGAAACACCGUGAGAUAAUAGGACUUUCUUGUAUGAAGGAAAUCAAACUGGAUAGAUCUGUUGUUGAGCAAGCCAUGGCCAAUUUAGGCCAUUCAGAAGAUCCAAAGUAUAAGGAUUUCCUCUCAUGCAGUUAUAAAAAGCAGGGUUAUCAAGACGAAAAUGGCAAUAUUUUAUACGAAAAUAUUAGCAAUUUUUUGAGCGAUUACUACAAACCGGGCAGUCUUAAAAUAGUUGAUAAAUGUAAAGGAACAACUGGCUCUAAUGAUGGUGAAAAGGCGUAUAAUGCAAUGAGGUGUGUUAUUUCAACGCUCAAUGAGAUUUCUGAUGAAGAAUUGCUAUAACAGUCACAUAUUAGCAAAUUUUUUAGAUUAUUUUCUGCAAUUUGUUGCAUUAAAUAAUUUCUUAUUUAUUAAAAUAAAAACCAUAACUCGUA